AUGGGAAUACCUAAAGGAAUUAAACGACUAGGUCUGGAUGACAUAUAGUUAUUAUGGAAUUCCAAUACAAAUUGUGAUGAUCAUUUACAAAAUCUUAUAUCCGGUAUAUUGGCAGGACGUGAAAAGAAUGGAACAAUUUCCAUCGCUUUUAUAGGGUAUUAUACGAUGAACCCUUUAGAUAAGUUAAUUCGACCUUUCAUUUUUUAUGGGCCAAUUUAUUACUUAUUCGACAUUAUUGUUAAAGUUGGAAGCGGUAAAGCAUUUGAAUCAGGUUGCAGUAUGUCGUUCUUCUCACAUCAUGUGAUAACUUUGGUCUUCCUGCCGUUUGCAGUCUAUAGUAAGCACGUACCUUGGUUUAUCAUUAGUACCGGAUUAUUCCAUGCUAUUCUGCUAUGUUUCAAACGCAGUUACUUAUAAUAUAUAUAUCUGGUGGCAGUUUUAUUAUAUCAUUAUGGGAUUUUGCAGCCCCCAUUUAACAAGUAACAAAUUUAUUUUUAUGUAGUAUGA